GUGGCAACGCUCAACAACAACAACAACAACAAAAACAACCUUAGCCGCUGUCGUGUGUUUCCAUUCAGAUUCCUCAAAUUCAUUCACCCUCAAUCUAUCUCCAAAAUCAACGCCUACUAACAUUUUCACUUUUUCUUCCUCUCUGACCCUUCCCAUUUCACUGUUUCUCAUCUCCUGUAUCAACUAGCAAUUUGGUAAGAUCCCACAAACAAAAAAUCCAAACUCAGUUUUGUUAAUACCCAUGUGUUGUAAUCUCGUUCUUCAUUACAUCACAUGUUCAAAAUUUGACUUUUCUCACCUUAGCACCAUUUUUAGAUCCAUGGCGGUUGUUAUAGUUUUUUAGUGAUUAUGGCUCAAUUUUGAAUCACAUGUGAUAUAUUUCAUGCCCUUAUAUUCAUUGAUGAUCAGAGAUCUUAGUUGCAUUACCUAGACACAGAGUAGAGGGUGGUUGACAACUUGACAUAGAAGAAUUUCUUUUUUUUUUUCAUUUUUUUUUUCACUUUUCUGCUUUGAUUGCUUUUGGUUUUGGGUUUUGAGCAAGAUGCAAUCCAGGGUUGUGACCCUUGAAGAAGGAAAGGAAAGAACCAACCAGUCCAAAGGCUUGCCUUUAAGACCAUUGCGGCUACUUGUUCUGUUUAUUGCUCUGUGUGUUGUGUUCUCUGUGAUCAGCAUAUACACUAUUAAGCAUUUUGGGAUAGAGAGUGUUGUCACCACAGUCAGCUCAAGUUUUCAGUUUCAACCAUGUAAUGAGGGACAGGGUGGUUUGGAAAAAUGGAUUAGCCCUCCUUCUACAUGGAUCCACAAUAUGAGUGACCAAGAAUUGCUUUGGAGAGCUUCCUUUGUUCCUCGGAUCAAGGAUUACCCUUUUGAAAGAGUUCCCAAGAUUGCUUUCAUGUUCUUGACAAAAGGACCAUUGCCCUUAGCACCACUUUGGGAGAGGUUUCUGAAGGGGCAUGAAAGGCAUUAUUCUGUAUAUAUUCAUUCACUGCCAUCAUAUCAAGCUCAGUUUCCUCCUUCUUCUGUCUUUUAUAAGAGGCAGAUCCCUAGUCAGGUUUCUGAGUGGGGAAGGAUGAGCAUGUGUGAUGCUGAACGAAGACUACUUGCUAAUGCAUUGCUUGACAUUUCCAAUGAGUGGUUUAUUCUGCUGUCUGAGUCAUGCAUCCCUCUUUAUAAAUUCAGUUUCAUUUACCAAUACAUAAUGAAAUCCAAAUACAGUUUCAUGGGUGCAUUUGAUGAUCCCGGUCCAUACGGAAGAGGACGCUAUAACGAGAAGAUGGCCCCUCUGGUGAACAUCACAAAGUGGCGUAAAGGCUCACAAUGGUUUGAAAUAAACAGAAAGCUUGCCAUCACCAUUGUUGAAGACACUACAUUUUAUCCAAAGUUUGAAACAUAUUGUAGACCAGCUUGUUAUGUGGAUGAGCACUAUUUCCCUACCAUGUUGACCAUUCAAGCAGGGAAUGCCUUGGCAAAUAGGAGCAUUACUUGGGUGGACUGGUCCAGAGGUGGAGCUCACCCUGCUACCUUUGGAAAAACAGAUAUUUCAGAGGAGUUUCUGAAUCGAGUUCGUGCCGGUCACCAUUGCCAAUACAACAAUGGAAACUCUUCUGCUUGUUUUCUUUUUGCCAGAAAAUUUUCUCCUAGUACUUUGGAGCCUUUGUUACAUAUGGUGGAUGCAAAGGUCUUGGACUUCUGAGAAAUACUUUUCACUUUUCAUUGCUACUGCAGGAAAUAUAGAUGUAGAAGAAAGACUUUAGAAACUAGCAAGUUUAUUACAUGGCAUGACCAUGUGAUUGCCUCAUUGAUGAGUGCUAGGUGGUAGAGAUGAAUGACCUCACUUUUUCUUACACCGCUGAUAGCAUGUUUGGAAAUCCUUCUACAUUUGAUUCUAAAGUCAAAAUCAAUUUCAGGAAGAAGCUUCUUUGAGUAUUUUGUGGGCACCAGAAUUGUUUCUAAGGAAAAGUUAGAUGAUUCAAACAUGUUAUGAGUCAUUUUUGAAUGUACAAAGGAGACAUAUUUGAUCAUACUUUUGUUUAAUAUUAAUUGUUGGAUCUUUUUA